UCCUUUUUGGUUCCUUCAUUCAAGGCUUCACCUUCUCUCUCAGAACAAGAGUUUAUUUUUCUUCAUUUUCACGCUGUGUUUCCAGCGCCCAUGUAACCAAUCCCAUCAUCUUCUGGGAACCCGCAGUUCGAGGUUUCCGAGGAUCAAUCCUCUUCAACUAAUCCGAGGAAAAAAAGAAGGGAGUUUAUAUAAUUAUUUUAUUAUAUUAUUUAAAAAAUUGAAUUAUUUUGAGGGGUGGGUAUGGAAGCGCGCGUGGGGAUGGUGGUUGAAAGUGGGCAUGGAAAUAGCGUGAAAUUGUUGCAGCAGAAGAAUCAGCAAUCGCAGAUUGGAACGAUGUCUCAGCUUCUUGCUGGUGGCUUAGCCGGUGCUUUUGCCAAGACUUGCACUGCUCCACUUUCGCGCCUCACUAUUCUCUUUCAGGUGCAAGGUAUGCAUUUUGAUGUGGCAGCAUUGAGUAAGCCUAGCAUUUGGUGUGAGGCAUCGCGAAUUGUCAAUGAAGAAGGUUUUAGAGCAUUUUGGAAAGGCAAUUUGGUCACCAUAGCUCAUCGUCUCCCUUAUUCUGCAGUCAACUUCUAUGCCUAUGAACACUACAAGAAUCUAUUGUAUUCUCUUAUGGGGGAGAAUUGUAAAGGGAAUGCAAGUGCACACCCCUUUGUGCACUUCGUAGGUGGUGGUUUGUCAGGCAUAACAGCUGCUACUGCCACAUAUCCUUUGGAUUUAGUGAGAACACGACUUGCAGCACAGAGAAGUUCCACAUACUACAUGGGCAUCUCACAUGCUUUUAACACCAUUUGCAGAGAAGAAGGGUUCAUGGGUCUCUACAAGGGACUUGGAGCUACAUUGUUGGGUGUUGGGCCCAAUUUAGCAAUAAGUUUUUCUGUUUAUGAGAGCUUACGUUCUAUUUGGCUGUCCCGAAGGCCAGAUGAUUCUACUGUCAUGGUCAGUCUUGCUUGUGGCAGUCUUUCCGGAAUUGCCUCAUCAACAGCAACAUUUCCUUUGGAUCUUGUAAGGCGCCGGAUGCAGUUGGAGGGGGCAGGCGGUCAAGCACGUGUCUAUAAUACCAGUUUGUUUGGGACAUUUAGGCACAUAAUUCAGAAUGAAAGGGCACGUGGUUUGUAUAGAGGCAUUUUGCCAGAGUACUACAAGGUUGUUCCCAGCGUGGGCAUUGUCUUUAUGACAUAUGAGACAUUGAAGAUGCUUCUGUCAAACAUUGCAAGUUGUUAGCAUACACUAUUUUUCAUCAGAUAAGAUUACUCAUUUACCCUUUUGAUAGGAAAUUUUGGAGCGAGUUUGAUUGUCGUAGCCAUGGAUACAUUUUUUCUGUGUAUAAGUAGUUAUAAUCGAGAGUGAGUAACGUCAAUUGUAUGUAAGUCGAAGUUUUGGUUAUAGGACUUUCCACGAUUAAGACAUUUUUUUUUUCCGAGACGAGACUUGGAAGCCUCAAUCUAUAUUCAGCAUCAUUGUUUUAACGU